UUAACAUGAGACUGGUAUGACCAUAAUGCACCUGGUGUUUCUAGAUAAGACGGUGUGUGUAUAUGAGAGCGAGGUGGUGUGUGGGAGUUAGAUAAUGGCGGCAGGGGUAUGCUGUGUGCAGCCAGCCAGUCAGUCAGUCAUGGGAUGAACGAGUGAGACUUGUGUACCCACAGCUGCUUACUGGCUGGAGCCAGAACAGGGGGAGGAGUGUCUCUGCCCUGCCUGCUGCAGGGAGAGAGAGGUAGUUAGAGAGAGCAGAGCGUGAGAGAAACUAGACUGAAUCCGCUCCACAGAAGAGGGAGAGAAGGAGCAGAGAGAGAGGUAGUUAGAGAGAGCAGAGCGUGAGAGAAACUAGACUGAAUCCGCUCCACAGAAGAGGGAGAGAGCAAGGGAAAGGGACAGAGAGAGAGGUGGCGGUCGCUGCAUCGGUAUGUCUGCUCCUCCUGCUCUCUCAUUUCCACUCCACACGCUGCUGCCUUUCUGAGUAGACCCAGACUCUGUUUGAAAUGCCAAUCACCUCCUUGAGGCUGCGCCUUCAUCUUCAUUCAUUUACAUUUAUACUCACCUUUCCCUGUGUGAGGGAGACCGGGAGUGUCUAAGACAUUCGUGGAGGAUCAUUUCUGCUGAAGUUGCUGUGAAGAAAUUCUGCUCUUUGGAUGCGAUCCGCCUGAGCUUUCCGUGUUUGGACACAAAGUCUCUGGAAACAACGAACUCUAUAUCACCUGGAAUAUUUGAGAAUUUGUGACGGCAUCUUUUAGAGACAUACAGGAAUUCCUGUAAGCCAAGACGAUCAAACUUGUUGACAGUUUUCUAUAUUUUCCCUGCUACUCUUGCAGGGCAGGCACACAGCGCGGCAAGUGUUGUCUAUGUCUUUUCUAAGGAGAGAACCAGAGGAGUAGAAGGAUAGGCUGCCAUAGUAUUUGUCCUCCAUCUGUGUGUGUCUGUAUGAUUGAACCGUCUGUGUCUGCACAGUGAGGGAUGCCCUGGGGGACUCACAGAUCCUGGUCGUGGAUGAGGGCUAGUCUUCACGUUGCUGCUGAUAUGGCAGAGGGUACACGGCUCCUCUCUCUCGGCCACCAGCCUGAUCUGCUGCUGAGCUAGGACCAGGACUAGGACCAGGACUACCAGCCCAAGCCAAGCCCCCUGUCUCUGAGUCUAGGAUCAGACCAGACAAGGAUCUUUCUGGAGCCUCCUGCCCUCUGCCGGUUGAUCUGGUUUCAGACUAGGAGCUUUCAGAAGGCUCUCUGGUUGCAAGAUGAUGAACUCUUCCCUGGACCUGCUGGAGCUUGAGCUCCUCAACCUGAGCGGCCCUCCUUUCUGCCUCCUGGACGUGGGCUACAGCCAGAUCUUAAACACCUGUCUACUGGAGGUAGCCAUCAUCCUGCUGCUUACCGUCCUCAUCAUCUCUGGCAACCUGGUGGUGAUCUUUGUGUUCCACUGUGCUCCUCUUCUCCAGCACCACACAACCAGUGCCUUCAUCCAGACCAUGGCCUAUGCAGACCUGUUGGUGGGUGUCAGCUGCCUCAUCCCUUCCCUGUCCCUCCUCCACCACCUGAAAGGCCUGGACGAGGAGCUGACCUGUAAGGUGUUUGGUUACAUGGUUUCCGUGUUGAAGAGCGUUUCAAUGGCGUCGCUGGCGUGUGUUAGCGUGGACCGCUACAUGGCGAUAACACGGCCUCUGUCGUACGCUACCUUGGCGACGCCGUGCCGGAUACGCGCGUGCAUCCUCCUCAUCUGGGUCUACUCCGCCCUUGUCUUCUUGCCCUCCUUCUUCGGCUGGGGGAAGCCCGGCUACCACGGCGACGUGGUGGAGUGGUGCGCGGUGGAGUGGGAGACGAGGCCACUCUUCACAUCGUUCAUUGUGGCGCUGCUCUACGCGCCAGCCGCCAUGACGGUCUGCUUCACCUAUGUCAACAUCUUCCGGAUCUGCCGGCAGCAUACGAGGGAGAUCAGCGAGCGCCGCGCCCGCUUCGGCCCACAGGAAGGCUCUCUGGGACAGGAUGGCCAGCCGCAUCAUGCGCCGGCGUGCACGGACAAACGCUACGCCAUGGUGCUGUUCCGCAUCACCAGCGUCUUCUACCUCCUCUGGCUUCCCUAUAUCCUGUAUUUCCUGCUGGAGAGCGCUGACAUCUACAGUCACCCUGCCGCCUCGUUCAUCACCACCUGGCUGGCUAUCAGCAACAGCUUCUUUAACUGUCUGAUCUAUAGUCUGUCCAACAGUGCCUUCAGGAAGGGUUUAAAACGCCUCUGUUUGUUCUGUGUGCAGCGCGUGGACAGUAAGAAGUCCUUCAGCCCCUCACCAGGUUACGGACAGGGGCCCAUCUGCACACGCUCCACAUGCCAUGUCUAGGAUCUCCCAGAGAGCCUUGCGGCGGUUGAGUCAGAGUAUCGUGUUGUUAUAGCACUAAGCAUGUCCCAUACUGAUGCUGAGCUAAAGGGAACAGGCUUCACAGGGAGUUGUGUCGCUGCAUAUGCUGCAGAUGCUGCUGUUUCUCGGCAGUUGAAGGUUUGUUGGAGGGUUGCGUCCCUGGCCACUGCUGCCACUGACGGGAUCGUCUCCAGGGCCUGAGAGCUGUGAGACCCGCUUGGGAAGUACAGCCAGGGCUCAGCCCCAGCCAUGAGAGAGGUGGGAUGUGGAGUUACCCUAACCUUUGACUCCUGAUAUAGAUGACGGCGUUAUGGCUACGUUGUUUCAGCGGGUGAGAGUUGAGGUGACUGAAGACCUCCCUUCUGACAGUACUUGCCAAAAACACAAACUGUAAGAAGAACACACGUUGUUUUAGGGGAGGUUUUUUGCUGGGACUCGAUCUUCCUAGCAGUUUGUGAAAAUAUUUGUAUUUGUGCAACAAUGUAUAGAAUGCAAAAAAGGACUCGCGUUACUUAAAGGUCCAAUGCAGUCAAAAUGAAGUUUUUCCUGUUCCAUUUCCAUUUGACUAAUUUAGCAGGUGCACUUAUCUAGAGCAAAUUACAAUUAGCGGAUUCAUCCUAAGACAGCUAGGUGAGACAACAACACAUCACAGUCGUAUCAAGUACAUUUUCCCUCAACAAAGUAUCUAUCAGCAAAGUCAGUGCCAGUAAAACACUGUGAGAGUUAUUUAAGAUGCUCUUCAAAGAGGUUUCAGACGUUUCAGAAAGAUGGGCUGUCCUGACUUCAGGGGGACGCUGCUUCCACCAUUGGGGUGCCAGGACAGAGAAGAGCUUUGACUGAGUUGAGCGGGAACGUCCCUCCGCAGAAUUGAGUGCUCGGGUUGGGAUGUAGGGUUUGAACAUAGCCUGACGUUAGGGAGGGGCAGUUCCCCUUGCUCCUCCGUAGGCAAGCACCAGGACGCCAGUAUAGUGAGCGGAGGAGCGGGGUUACAAGGAGAACCUAGCAGAGUUGAGCCCCAGGCAGCCUGCGGCAUUUAUAAUCUACUACUAAUACAGUAAGGUACUUAAUUGUUACCCAGAAAUGAUUUGAUGUUAAUAUAAAAAUAGCUGCAUUGGGCCUUUAAAAAAACGGAGAAACACUUGAUUGCUGCUUUCUUAUGCCUAGCUGAGUGGAGCUGUCAAUAACAACUUAUUUAAAUGUUUGCCCUUGUGGUUUUUACAGAAACAGAUUAUUUACAACAUUGUGCGCUGAGGGCUGCAACAACCUCAAACUCUGAAGAGAAUCUUGUAAUCAAAUCAAAUCAAAUUUUAUUUUAUUUGUCACAUACACAUGGUUAGCAGAUGUUAAUGCGAGUGUAGCGAAAUGCUACACUCUACAUAAUUUAUUUACAUCUGGGUUGUUCUGAGGCAGAGAAAGAGAGGACUUUGUUUAGGUGCUUAAACACCAGGAUUAUUAGUAAAGCCUGACCGAUAUAUUGGUUCACUGAUAUUAUUGGCUGAUAUGGGCUAUUCCACCGAUAAACGAUGUUCAAUGAAUAGGAUGAAAAAUAAUAAUCUCAUGCUUUCCUGAAUGAUUGCGGAUGUUCCCAUGAAGUGUUAUUCAUUUCAGUGGAAAUGUUGAUUUCACAGAAAUCAACAUUUGAAGUGUAUUUCUUGGACGGCAAUUUAUGUGGAAAAGAGUAUAUCGGCAAAUAUAUCAGUACGUUUUGUCACCCCAAAAAUCUGAAUCGUAUCGGAUCCCCCAAAAAAUAUUGGUCGGGCUUUAAUUAGUAGUCUCAGUUGAACUAGUUUACUACUGAGGGAUCAGCGUAAUCAUUGACUGGAUGACUCUUGUUUCGACAAACUUCCUCAUCAUCAGAGCCUGUCUGGCUCUGUAACCAAACUACAUUGCACUUCACUUAUGAGGAGAAUGUGGUCGUUGUGUCACAGCAGAAGGUUUUAGAGAAGUGAUUAAGAAUAGUUGAUCAUCUCCAAAGAUUUGCCCCACAUAUGUGAUCUGUUCUAGUCUAGGAGUGUCUGCUGCUAUACCGAUGGGGCUCUUACGUUGUGGAGCACAGGGAGGGUUGGGAAUCAUUAAAUCAACCUCACAUCUGUCUUAACGUUAAUGAAAGUGAAUGUUGAUGGUGAGUACUGAGAAUGCUGUGAGCUGCUGUUAGCUGAGGAACAUUCUGCCUCUGGCUGGGUGUGGUAAACGUCUUGUCCGUCUGUCUGCCCCCUACCUUUCUCCUCCUGCUCAUUACAUCACAGAAAGCCAAGGGGAUAAAGAGAGGGAGAAAGAGCAGAAUAGCAGCUGUGGAGUGAGAGAGAGCCCUAAGAUAAACAUUAUGGCCACAGUAAUACUGUGCCCCACACACACACACACACACACACACACACACACACACACACACACACACAAGGUAAUGUGGGACAUUAAACAGUACCACUGUAUGUCCAGACCCAGAUGCUUCAAGACUUUUCACUUUUCCAGCCGGGGCCACAACACUACAGUAUAAAACAGGCUGGUUCAGACCAGGCUGUUCCAAAUGGAACCCUAUGUACUGCUCAAGUGUUUUUAAACUAAUGUUACUGGAUAUUUAUUAGACUUUUUCACAAGUUUUGGCUUCUGGUCACUUUUCUCUCUUUAGUACUCUGACAUUUGGGAUCAAAUAUACAACGGACACAGGGGCUUUAUUUUCCUAGUGGACCAAAGUUGAAUAUUUAUUGGAUUUUGUAUAUUUGAAGAAGAAAGAGACUGAAUGAGAGAUGGCAAGAAAAAGAAAGUGUGAUUCAGGUUGAUUACUUUCUUUUAUGGAUGUUUUCAUGUUAGGAAUUUUGCAGUGAUGAAGGUGUGGCCAGACAUUGAGGCUGCCUCUGCAAUGAAUCCAGUGUUCUGGGUACAGGCUCCAUCGAGGGGUUUUCAGAGUUGCCUGUACAGCAGUCCUAUCUGAAUUUAUUUAGUCUUUUGAGCAGUUACGGUGUGACUAUUAAAAUGUAUUUAUUUUAAAAUAUUUCAAAGCUGUACGUAGUCUUUUAUGCAUGUUUUACUUACUGUAUAUAUUUGAUUGAAUUGUCACUUUUCGUAUUCAAAUCACAAACUGUUGUCAAACUGUCUAAAGUGUAAAUGCUUUUGGAGACGUCUUCACGGCAAUGCUGUCAAAGGGCACAGUGCAAUACACUCAAGUCUUCCUCCAUUUUGUCAAUGUUUUAUUGAAGACAGAGAAUACACAAUAGAAAUAGUUAUUUUCUUCAUUUACCACUGAGUGUGUGUUGAAUAGGGCUGCCCCUGACUAAAAAUAAAUCUUGGUAGACCGAGA